CUCUACACAACAGAUGGUCAUUCAAACGGUAUCAAAGGUGUACGCCAGCUACUGCAACGAACAGCCUCCAGAAUAUUACAGCUACGAAGAAUACGAGCCUGAAAUAGGAAACAUCGAUAACUACAAAAUAAUAAAAAGACUGGGACGGGGCAAGUACUCCGAGGUGUUCAAAGGCAUUUGCACGCUUACAAAGAGCUUGGUGGCAAUAAAGGUGUUAAAGCCUGUCAGACAAAAAAAAAUUAACAGAGAGGUACUGGUGCUCAAGCAGUUGGACCAUCCAAACAUUGUCAGAAUGGUUGAUGUUGUUAAAGACAGCGACACGCACACAUACUCAAUUAUAUUUGAGUAUUUGGAGCACAGAGAGACGCGUGUUCUGUUUACCGAGCUGAGCAGAAAGGAGUUUGCGUUUUAUGCCAAGCAGGUGCUCAGUGCGCUCGAUUACGCACAUUCCAAGGGUAUUGUUCAUAGAGACAUAAAACCGCACAACAUGAUAAUCAGCAAGGACAGCAAAACGCUUAAGAUCAUAGACUGGGGACUAGCAGAGUUUUAUCUUCCCGGUACGGCGUACAACGUAAAGGUGGCAUCGCGUUUUUACAAGGGACCAGAACUGCUCGUUGACUACAACUAUUACGACUACUCGCUCGAUAUGUGGUCGUUUGGAUGCAUUGUGGCCGAGUACUUUACCAAGAAAUCGCCGUUUUUCUUCGGAAAGGACAACAUUGAUCAGCUGUUUGUGAUCACUGAGGUGCUUGGAAGGGAUGAUUUCCACGCGUACAUAAAGAAGUACCAGAUAGCGCUUGAAGAAGACAUCAUAGUCAGCAAGAAUGCGAAACGAAAGAAGUUUGGAACGGAGCUGGGCGAGUGUGUGAUCGACCUUCUCGACAAUCUUUUAGUGUAUGAUCACAGCGAGAGAUUGAGCGCAAAGGAAUGUCUAGAGCACAAUUUUUUCAAGAAGUGACCGGCAAACAGAGUUAAGUAAAUGUAUUACGCCUA